UAACGUUGACAAAUAUUUGAAUAAUUAAAGAAAAGGGAUUGUGUUGGUUACACGCAAGAGCUUUUUGGACAGUUUAUAUGUAUAAUGUACUUGUAAUCAAUGAAAAUUUUGAAAGGUCCGUUAAUCUGUUUCAAAAUUGGCGCGCUCCGGUACGGGUUAGUUCGGUAAAUUUCGCAUUGGCGGAGUUGCGAAGGGAACGAACAGACAGGUCGUGUUCGAGGAACAACGGAACAGGACCAUUCUGUACGUCGCGGAAGAAUGCGUAGCCAUUGUUGGUGCUGCGAUCGUUAGUUUCUAGAUCCGAGAUCGUCAUGGGCACGGAAAGCCAUCCGAUUGUACGAGACUUGAGGAAAAUGUCGGUGGAGCUCGGCACGGAGCACUGAUACGAUAUUAGUGCGAGAGAUCGACGUCCGCAUUCGUAAGUGUGGAACUAGUUGGUCGGGCCGCGUCCGCGUUCGUCGCGUAUGCGAACCGAGCGCUCGCAGGAGUGAGAGUGAGUGAGUGAGUGAUACGGUGGGGCACACUCGGCGGCGGCCAUAACACCGACCAACCAAACUAGCGAGCAGGGAGAAAGCGUAGUUCGGAGUCGAGUGUCCAAGACGUAGUGGUAGUGUUUUUCGAAUAGAAUUCCUGUGGAAAGUGGACUUCCAUUGAUCAGAUGUUGCUAAUGUCGCGAGUCUUGGCUGGAGGUACGGAGUCUCACAGCAGUGUACAGGGCUGACAUUCAAAGUACUACCAUUCGGUAGGCUUGAGUAGUGUUAUGCCUCCACGGCACCAAUCUCCCUGGUUGCAGCGCAAUCGUCUUGGCAAGCAAUUAGUGAGCUACCAUGCUCAAUUCAGAAUAUAUCCUUGCCAUCUCAAUUGUUGAUGAAGCCUCAUAGCGUCAAGCAUCAACGUAAGGCAGUUACCUGCUGCAUAGCAUUUAUGUACCAUAUAUGUCGGAAAGAAACGAAGCCAAGAUGCAGCAGGUGGACGCUAUCUCCCAAAAUAAUUCGUUAGAUGUGGAGGAGCGAGAAAGGCUGUGUAAUAUACCGAAGACAAGUGCACCUGGUAAGACAUCGACUACAACAGCAGCUCCUGGAAAGGAACCACCACCACGCGAUGAACCACCCGUGGAACCGGUGAACGGUGUAGUCCAACCACCUGUUGUGCCACCACCUAAUCGCCCAGGGCGUAUUACCAAUCAACUACAAUUUCUCCAAAAGGGUGUCCUUAAGCCAGUAUGGAAGCAUCAGUUUGCGUGGCCUUUUCAGCAACCUGUAGAUGCCAAGAAACUAAAUUUACCAGAUUACCACAAAAUUAUAAAACAACCAAUGGAUUUGGGCACAAUCAAAAAAAGAUUAGAAAAUACAUAUUAUUGGAGUGGGAAAGAAUGUAUUCAAGAUUUCAAUACAAUGUUCACCAAUUGUUAUGUUUACAACAAACCUGGAGAAGAUGUUGUGGUUAUGGCACAAGCUCUCGAAAAAUUGUUUCUUACGAAGGUUGCACAAAUGCCAAAGGACGAGGUAGAACUCGAAGUUCCUGUUUCAAAGGGACCCAAAGGCAAAAAAGCAGGCAGAGUUGGAGCACCAAUAGGUGGAGUAGCAGGGGCUACAGGAGGUACAGGUCGAGGUAGACCUUCGUCUGGUGCAGCUGCAGUCACUUCCAGUGUACCAAAUAGCCUAACGCCUUCAGCUACGUCUGCUGGAACAACAGGCGUCAUCCCCAUGCCUCCCCUUGGCACCCAAGCACCUGCAUCUGUACCUGGGAGCACUAAUACGACUACUAUUGCUCCUCCAUCAACUAUGGGAGUCACUCCCAUGGCUACUCAUAACUCUUUGCCUCAACAAGUUGUCCCUCCAACUACCGGUUACCAUGCACAACCAGCAAUGGAUCCGCAAGCAGCUUCUGCUGUACCCCCUCCUCCACAAGUUCCCACUGCACCCACAGUAAUGCCUCCAUCGCAACCUGCAAAACUUAAAAAGGGAGUGAAGAGAAAGGCUGAUACUACAACUCCUACUGCAAAUUCUUUUGAACCUUUAUAUAAAUUGGAUCCUAAAAAUGCCAAAAUACCUACGAGACGAGAAUCUGGCAGACAAAUAAAGAAGCCAACGAGGCAAGCGGAAGACGGCUUAGUGCCAUUCCAGGCCAACAUGCCCCUGAUUGGGGCAAUGGCCCAACAGCCUCAGCAUACCACUGGAAAGUCGAAAGAAAAACUUUCAGAAGCUUUGAAGUCCUGCAAUGAGAUUCUGAAGGAAUUGUUUUCGAAAAAACAUUCGGGUUAUGCAUGGCCCUUUUACAAACCAGUCGAUGCAGAACUCUUAGGUCUUCACGACUAUCACGACAUAAUCAAGAAACCAAUGGAUCUUGGUACUGUAAAGACGAAAAUGGACAACCGUGAAUAUAAAACAGCACAAGAGUUUGCUAGCGAUGUACGACUUAUAUUUACUAAUUGUUAUAAAUAUAAUCCUCCUGACCAUGAUGUGGUUGCAAUGGCUAGGAAACUUCAAGAUGUCUUUGAAAUGAGGUAUGCAAAAAUUCCGGAUGAACCAAUGGGAGGCAUGGUAGGCAUGAAAGGUAGCAGUAGUAGUGCCAGUAGCUCGGGAUCUGAAAGUUCUUCCGAGAGCGAUGAUUCUGACGAAGAACGUACCCAAAAAUUGGUGGCUUUGCAGCAAGAGCUGAAAGCCAUGCAGGAGCAAAUGAGGAAACUGGUAGAAGAAAGUGGUAAAAAGAAGAGUAAAAAGAAGAAACCAGACAAGACGAAAUCAAGGCCAAUGAGCAAUAAGAGUAGUAGCCUUGUUGCCAGUCAUACUGGUGCCAUGAAAGAACUGAUGAAACCAAGUGGUGGAAUCCCCAACGUCUCUGAUAGUGUCGGUGCUAGUAUAGCUAGUGUUGCAAUGGGGGCAGGUGAUUUGAAAAUGCCUGGUGGUAUGGGUGGUGAUCUUCAUCAUCCAGCUAUUACAGUAGGACCUAAUAAAACUCAUGCAACAGGAAGUAUGAGUCAUCACCUGCCAGCGGCGACGAAUGCUAAGCCAAAGGGAAAAGGAGGAAGAGGGCCCGGAAAAGCUGCGGCAGCAAAUGCCGCAAACAAGAGGCCAAAAGCAAAUAGUAGAUCAGCUGGAACUAAAAAGAAGAGUGCCAGCAGUCAACCACCUCCGAUAACAUUUGAUUCAGAGGAUGAAGAUAAUGCUAAACCAAUGUCUUAUGAUGAAAAGAGACAACUUAGUUUGGAUAUUAAUAAACUACCUGGAGAUAAAUUAGGACGAGUCGUGCACAUAAUACAAUCUCGAGAGCCUUCAUUGAGGGACUCAAAUCCGGAUGAGAUUGAAAUUGACUUCGAAACGUUAAAACCAUCCACAUUAAGGGAAUUAGAGAGUUAUGUCGCCUCGUGUUUGAGAAAAAAGCCACAUAAAAAAGUUAGUGGCAAAUCUAAGGACGAACAAAUGGCAGAGAAAAAACAGGAAUUAGAAAAAAGGUUACAAGACGUUACGGGGCAGUUAGGCAAUGUUAAGAAAACAGUUAAGAAAGAGGACAGUAGUAAAUCAGUUGAUGUAGUUGGAACUGGAGGAGCCAGUGGGCCUUCGCGAUUGUCAGCGUCAAGCAGUAGUAGCAGUGAUAGCGACUCCAGCAGUAGUUCACUUUCUUCGAGCUCCAGUGAUUCAAGCGACAGUGAAGCAGGGAACUCUACCAAUCGUCCACCAAGAAAGAAAACAAAGAAGAAUACACCAAGUACAGGAGCUCCCCCAACAACAACUACUGUCUCUUCGGCACCUACAUUGAAUCAUACCGGAGGUCUUUUAAUGAACAAUCAACCUCCAACAAAUUCUACGGGACCAAUAACAAAACCAGCUGUAACUCAACCUAGCAAUAUAUCUUCGGAACAAGGUGGUAAUAGUCAACAAUCUGUGGCAGUAGCAGCUGUUACAGCUGGUCAAGGAAUGCCUGUAGCAAGUCACACAUCUAUGCCGGCGCAACCGUCGCGACCUACGGCUUUGGCUACCGCUGCACCUGUAAAAAAACCUACUCCACCACCACCGACGACUUCUAAUCCACCAACACCGUCAGUGUCUGUACCAACUCCACCACCGAGUGUUACGCCUACAAACACAAACUCUAUGGUAGCUUCACCGGUUGUGCCUCAACCACCACAGCCACCCACAUCCGUUAGUUCCUUUUCAAAUGCAAACACGCCUGUACCUACAGAUGGGACAACUUUAACUCAGCAGUCAGAUCUUUUGCAACCGUAUAAUACUCUAGCCCUUGUGCCUACUACACAAUCAUCGUUAGAGCAAACGAUGUCAGUAAAAAAGGAAUCGCACAUACCAAUAAUUCAAGCACCACACACAACAACUAAUAAUACCAACUUGAAUUUACUGUCGGAUGUAAAGCCUCCAGUGAUGACGUCAAAUAUGGCAUCCAACAUAAAUUUGGGAAACAUAACUAUGGCCAACCUCAAUAUGAAUUUACCACAAGGAUUGGCUACGCAUAUAUCAAUGCACAACCAAUUGGAGAAUAUGAUAAAUACCACUUCUCCAUUGACUAGUAUACAAAAUUCGCAUAACGUCACAAUGUCGCAGCAGCAUUCCAAUGGAUUCUCUAAUAUCAAACGCGAGAAUUCUCCACCUAAUAUGUUCAAUAAUAAUGGCAUACCUGGACUUAACAUGGGGAUAAAUAUGGGGGGAAUGGGUUCAAUUUUUGAUCCCUUACCUAUUACCAUGCCAUUGCAAAUAUCUCAAUUACCAGUAAAGAAAGAAGAGAAACCACUACCUAUUUGUCAAACACAAAUGGAUCAAAAACCCAUGGAUGCCGGAGCUCUUUUUGCAGAAAUGAGUACGCUAGGAAUGCCACCAAUGGGAAAUCAUUCGAGUUCACAGCUCAUGUGUGAAAAAAAGAUGACACCACCUGACUCAAAGAAUCCUGCAGCGAAUUUUGCAUCAGCCUUUAAAACUAAGACUGUAGAACAAAAUGUAAAAAAUGCCUCAUCGUGGUCGUCCCUGGCUCAAGCAUCGAGUCCUCAAUCCGCAGCAGGAAGUAGUAUGAAGAGUGCUGCUCGUGAUUCAUUUCAAGCAUUCAAGAAACAGGCCAAGGAAAAACAAGAUAGGCAAAGAGCUUUAUUAGAACAACAAGAAAUGCGUAGACAACAGAAGGAACAGGCAGAGAGGGAGCGUUUACGACAGGAAAACGAAAGAAGAAGAGAACGGGAAGAAGAGGACGCGUUAGACAAAGUUAGAAAAACUGUUGGUGAUCAGCAAGGGAAUGUCAUGACUGCUCCAUCGAGGACGGAAGAGGUCAAGGCCAUUGUCGAUACUGAUAGCAGUAGUCCGAGUCAUUCAUCCAGUCAGGACAAGGCCGCAGCCGAGAGAGAGCGUCAGAGGCUACGGGAGCAAGAACGACGGCGUCGCGAAGCGAUGGCUGGGCGAAUAGACAUGAACAUGCAAAGAGAUUUGAUGGACGCGUUUGAGGAAUCGUUAUAAUGUUAUUUGCUGCUCUUUAUAAACCCACUGAAACCGGGCAGGACUUGGAUGAAUGUUUGGCGCUGGACGGUACCACAGAUACGUAUUAAUAUAUACGUCAGUCAAUAACAAUGAUAAAUAAUAAUGAUAAUAAAAAUAACCGUAAACCGAAAUAAAAAAAAAGAAGAAGACGGUGUAAUAGGAGAAACUGGUGGUGCGUGUUGGGACAUUCCAACGGAGAAUCCUAAUUUCAUUUGUCCGUGAGUUCGGAUUUCAAAGAGACAGUUUAUCAAAUGACGCAGAACUAAUUGUGUGUAAUCGACGGACACCUAAGUGUGACCAUGUAAUUAGAUAAAUACUUACACGACAUUUUGAAAAUGCUACACUGACUAUUGUGUUACAUUUUUCCGGUUUUCAUAAGUUUGUACUUUAUGUAAAUUUGGAAACAAAACAAAAAAUAUUACGCAGAAGAUAAGUGAAACGAAAGAAAAAGCGAGAGUGUCGCGUGUGAUCAGUGAAUGUGUGAUAAUGAAAGAGAGCGUGGGGAAGUGUAAAAGUUGUGUACAUUUAGUUAAGUUUUAUAUUUUUCCACAUUCAGUCAUUAAUCGUUGGUAGGAUUACAUAAACAGUGUUUCUGCCAAUAAUACAUAUAAUUAUUAGGUAUUACUAAUAAUUUCAUUGCAGAUUUCUUUCUCGAUUAUGAAUAUACGCUAUUUGUAAUCACGAAAUAGGUAGGCUUGUUAAGUCAAUAAUAUAGAGAAAUAUACCUAAUGCAAACAUACACAUUGGUGAAUUUAAUCGUAACGAUCAUCACGAUAGCCCGUACGACUAUCAGUUAUCAGACUUGUGGGGGUCGUAGACGUCGUGAUUCAUCGUACAAUAAAUUGUACAAUUUGUUUUAUGCGAUUGUUUGGACGAUAAUUGUACAGUGUAGGACAGUUUAUGGCAUAAUCUGUUGUACGAAGCUACUAUACCACUAUCGUUGCAACUCGACAUGUUCGACUCAUCGUACUGACAAAUCAUUGCGUCUAUGGCCUCUUCUAGGAGUCGGAGAAGGCCAAUCGGUUGAUUUAAAAAAAAAAAAAAAAAAAAAUAUUUGUAAACACACCUUAGAACAAAGUCGUCAAUUAUUACGAGUAAAGGUAAGGUGAAUGUAGAAUGAUGUAGUUUCGAUCCUACCAACCAUUAAAUCAGAUCAGAGAUACAUACCUAAUUCUUGGUAUGCUUUCGGAUCGUGGAAAAGAUAAUCGUGACAUGAUAUCGACCCGCAAAUUGUCUAGAAAAUGAUUAUAUUUACUUAUUCGAUAAAGCGAGCUAAUAAAAUGGAAUUCAUUAAAAA